AUGCCCGUCAGGAAGCAAGAUACCCAGCGAGCCCUGCGCCUCCUGGAGGAAUACCGCUCGAAGCUGAGCCAGGCGGAGGACCGGCAGCUGCGAAACUCCAUAGAGCGUGUCAUCAGCAUCUUCCAAAGCAACCUUUUCCAGGCUUUGAUAGAUAUUCAAGAGUUUUAUGAAGUGACCUUACUGGACAAUCCAAAAUGCAUUGAUCACUCUGAGCCAUCUGAACCGAUACAGCCUGUGAAUACUUGGGACUUCUCCAGCCUUCCAAGCACAACAGUGACAUCAGAAACACUGCCAAGCAGCCUUAGCCCAAGUGUAGAGAAAUACCGCUACCAGGAUGAAGAUACACCUCCACAGGAGCACAGCUCUCCACACAUUACCAAUGAGGUGACGGGUCCAGAGCUGGUUCAUGUAUCAGAGAAGAACCUGUCACAGAUUGAAAAUGUCCAUGGAUUUGUUUCCCAUUCUCAUAUUUCACCAGUAAAGCCCACAGAAGCUGUUCCUUCCUCUUCUCCCAUUGUCCCUGUGAUCCCUGUCCCACCAGUCCCUGCUGAGACCACUGUCAUCCCAUCUACUGUACCACAGGCAAAUCCUCCUCCAGUGCUCGUGAACACAGAUUCCUUGGACGCUCCAACAUAUGUCAAUGGCACGGAUGCUGAUUAUGAAUAUGAAGAAAUUACUCUUGAAAGGGGAAAUUCAGGACUUGGCUUUAGCAUUGCAGGUGGUACAGACAACCCACAUAUUGGGGAUGAUUCAAGUAUUUUCAUUACAAAAAUUAUAGUUGGGGGUGCAGCUGCGCAGGAUGGAAGAUUACGGGUUAACGAUUGUAUUCUACGAGUAAAUGAGGUGGAUGUCCGUGAUGUGACACACAGCAAAGCAGUUGAAGCACUGAAAGAAGCAGGAUCAAUUGUACGAUUGUAUGUCAAAAGAAGAAAACCAGUCACAGAAAAAAUAGUGGAAAUCAAACUUGUAAAAGGCCCUAAAGCAGGUCUUGGCUUCAGUAUUGCUGGUGGUGUAGGGAAUCAGCAUAUACCUGGAGACAACAGCAUCUAUGUAACCAAAAUCAUUGAAGGUGGGGCAGCUCAUAAAGAUGGCAAACUUCAGAUUGGAGACAAACUUUUAGCUGUGAACAGUGUUUGCUUAGAAGAAGUUACUCAUGAAGAAGCAGUGACUGCCUUAAAAAACACAUCUGACUUUGUUUAUCUGAAAGUUGCAAAACCUACCAGCAUGUUCAUGAAUGACAGUUAUGCCCCUCCUGACAUCACAAACUCUUAUUCUCAGCCAGUGGAUAACCAUAUCACUCCUUCUGCCUACCUGGGACAGUCCCUGCCCCCAGCAUCACCUGGGCGAUAUUCACCAAUUCCCAAAGGAAUGCUUGGAGAUGAUGAGAUUACCAGGGAGCCUAGAAAGGUCGUCCUGCAUCGAGGAUCAACAGGUCUUGGUUUCAACAUUGUUGGAGGAGAAGAUGGAGAAGGAAUUUUCAUCUCUUUCAUCCUUGCAGGAGGGCCAGCUGAUCUGAGUGGAGAGCUCAGGAAAGGAGAUCGUAUAAUUUCUGUAAAUGGAGUAGAUCUAAAAGCAGCAACCCAUGAGCAGGCAGCAGCAGCCCUGAAGAAUGCAGGCCAAGCAGUAACUAUUGUCGCUCAGUACCGCCCAGAAGAAUACAGUCGUUUUGAAGCUAAAAUACAUGAUUUACGGGAACAGAUGAUGAACAGUAGCAUUAGUUCGGGAUCAGGAUCUUUGCGAACCAGCCAGAAGAGAUCCCUCUAUGUCAGAGCUCUUUUUGACUAUGACAAGACUAAAGAUAGCGGCCUUCCGAGUCAAGGGUUGAACUUCAAAUUUGGAGAUAUUCUCCAUGUCAUUAAUGCUUCUGAUGAUGAAUGGUGGCAAGCACGGCAGGUAACUCCAGAUGGAGAAAGUGAGGAAAUUGGAGUUAUCCCAAGCAAACGCAGAGUUGAGAAAAAAGAACGAGCCCGCUUAAAGACAGUGAAAUUCAAUUCCAAAACAAGAGGAGAUAAAGGGCAGUCAUUCAAUGACAAGCGUAAAAAGAACCUCUUUUCCCGAAAAUUUCCCUUCUACAAGAACAAGGACCAGAGUGAGCAGGAAACCAGUGAUAUUGACCAGCAUGUAACCUCUAAUGCCAGCGAUAGUGAAAGUAGUUACCGUGGCCAAGAGGAAUAUGUCUUGUCAUAUGAACCAGUCAAUCAACAGGAAGUCAGUUACACUCGACCUGUGAUUGUUUUGGGACCCAUGAAAGACAGAAUAAAUGAUGAUCUGAUCUCAGAAUUUCCAGACAAAUUUGGCUCAUGCGUUCCACAUACUACUAGACCAAAACGAGACUAUGAGGUGGACGGACGUGAUUACCACUUUGUCACUUCUCGAGAGCAAAUGGAGAAGGAUAUCCAGGAUCACAAAUUCAUUGAAGCUGGCCAGUACAAUAAUCAUCUUUAUGGAACAAGUGUCCAGUCGGUGCGAGAAGUAGCAGAAAAGGGUAAACAUUGCAUUCUUGAUGUUUCUGGUAAUGCCAUCAAAAGGUUGCAGAUUGCCCAGCUGUAUCCCAUCUCCAUUUUCAUUAAACCCAAAACAGUGGAAAAUAUCAUGGAAAUGAAUAAACGUUUAACAGAAGAGCAAACCAGGAAGACCUUUGAAAGAGCAAUGAAACUGGAGCAAGAGUUUACUGAACACUUCACAGCUAUUGUCCAAGGAGACACACUGGAAGAAAUCUACAACCAAGUGAAACAGAUCAUAGAGGAACAGUCUGGACCUUACAUCUGGGUUCCAGCAAAGGAAAAAUUAUGA